AUGAGUGUCAAGAAGGGAAGCAUCAACCGGUGUAAUAAGAAAGCAACUACCAAAGAAGAGGCUAAGAAAGAAAAGAAGCAACGAAAGGAUGAGGAACCUGUAGAUAUUGGGAGGUACCAAAGACUAGUAGGGAAGUUAAUCUACUUGUCUCAUACCAGACCUGAUAUUGCCUUUGCAGUAAGUGUAGCAAGUCAACAUAUGCACUCACCCAGAAAGAAACACAUGGAUGCAGCCUAUAGAAUUUUAAAAUACUUGAAAGGAACACCAGGUAGAGGACUCUUCUUUAAGAAAUGUGAAUCCAGAACAGUGGAAAUUUACACAGAUGCAGAUUGGGCAAGUGCUCCCGAGGACAGUAGAUCCACAUCUGGCUAUUGUACCUUUGUGUGGGGCAAUCUAGUAACAUGGCAGAGUAAAAAACAGAAUGUUGUGUCUAAAAGUAGUACAGAAUCAUAA